AUGACCAGUCCUAUUGAUCCUCAGGAAGAGAAGCGCGUGUUGCGAAAGAUUGACUGUGUCAUUCUUCCCAUUAUGUGCAUGACCUUUUUCUUCCAGUACCUCGAUAAGCAAAGUCUGAGUUACGCCUCGGUGUUUGGUCUUAUUGAGGACCUCGACCUCAAAGGGACCGAGUAUUCGUGGUGUAGUUCUAUUUUCUAUAUUGGCCAACUUGUCGCCGAAUACCCAUUUAUCUAUCUGAUGAGCAGGCUUCCUCUAAUGAAAUUUGUCGGCGCUACCAUUAUUAUCUGGGGAGGCAUUUGCAUGUGCCUUGCUGCACCUUACAAUUUCACAGGAUUUGCUGCUGUUCGAUUUAUGCUUGGAUUUUCUGAGGGCGCCGUUUCUCCUGCGUUUGUCACCAUCACCGGUAUUUGGUACCGCAAAAAUGAGCAUGCCAUGCGAACUGGCAUGUGGGUUACCAUGAACGGACUCGCCCAAGUCAUUGGUUCCCUCCUCAUGUACGGUAUCGGCAAGAACCAUGCUCUGAGCCUGGCUGCUUGGCGUGUCAUGUUUCUGAUCUGUGGCGCUCUCACGGCGCUCUCAGGUGUUAUCUUCUUUUUCGCCAUGCCGUCCGGCCCGGAGCAGGCAUGGUUCUUGAAUGAAAGGGAAAAGGUGGUUGCAGCUCAACGUCUAGCCGCCAGCCACGAUGGCGGUGACAAGACCAAUUUCUCUUGGUCUCAACUUCGUGAAGCUCUACUUGAUCCGAAAUCUUGGCUUGUUUUCUGUUUUGGUUUGUUUUUGACCCUGAACUCUCCUGUAUUGACGUUUGCUUCCCUCGUGAUCAAGAACCUCGGAUACAAUAAAUACGACACUUUGCUUUACACCUCUCCUUCUGGUGCAAUUCAGAUCGUUUUUAUUUGGAUUGCUGUUAUAGGAUGCCUCAUCUUUCCUCGUAAACGAUGCAUGGUCGCCCUGGCUCUGUGCAUCCCUCCGCUGGUCGGCAAUAUUUUGUUGCUGAAACUCUCUCUCGACUCUGGCUGGGGAAUGAUUGCCGCGUCUUGGCUGGCUUCGAUUAUCUCAGACGUCAUGGUCAUCUCGCUCAGUCUAGGCGCCUCCAACGUCAAGGGCAACACCAAAAAGGCCGUGGUCAAUACUUUCUUCUUUAUCGGUUACUGUGUCGGCUGCAUCGGCGGACCACAGCUCUGGAAAUCCGGAGCUGCUCCUCGAUACAAGCAAGGCCUUAUACUCGCAAUUGUCUCAUGGAUUCUCUUUGCUCUUUCUAUUGCAGCUUAUUGGGCCAUUGCGCGCUGGGAAAAUAUCUCCCGCGACAAGCUCGAGCAAGAGAAGGACGUCCGCCAGUUCCAUGCCGGUGAGGAUAUCACUGAUAAAGAAGACAAGACUUUUAGAUAUAUCUAUUAG